AUGGCCGCGGCGCCGCCGGGCCAGGAGCUGUGCCCGCACUGCCACAAGCCCUUCAAGCGGCUCCGCACCCACCUCCCGCACUGUAAGGCCGCGCCGAGACCAGCUACUGCCAGCGCGCCAGGGCCGAGGUCAAACCCAGGCCUAGCCCGAGGCCCGGCCGCCACCAGCGCGCCGGGGUCAAGUUCAAGCCUAGGCAAAAGCACUGUCCCGGGAGCCGUCGCCGGGUCGGGGGCAGGCAGCAGGCCGCGGACAGGAGCGGCCGAUACGAGCAGCAAGCAUCCGCCCAGCCCCAUCACAGGGCAGGGGCUGCCCAGGGCGGCCCCCAAGAAGACGGCAGCGGCAGGAUGCGCGGAGCCGCCUGCGGCGGCCCGGGAACGGAACAAAGCUGCCACCGAGCAGGGUGGAGCAUCCAGCCCCGGGCUUCGUCGCCAGCCCGACGGACGCCGCGCAGAGCGGAAGGUGGAGCCCGCGGUGCAGGACGUAGCCAAGUCACUUGAUUUGCUCCCUGAGGAGGUGAAAGAUCUACCCGAAAAGCUGAGUAACGGAGUGAAAAUAGUAAUAGAGAAGCACCGCGCCAGGGUGAUCAGGGAGAAGAGCGGUUCCAGAAGCAGGGGCGCUUCUGCAGGAAGCCACAGCUCGCACGGCUCGCCUGUGGAAAGACUGGAUUCAGACGGUGCUGUUAGCCGUCCUGACGCAGCUCAGCCUGGCCUGCAGGAGGGAAUAGCUGUUGGAGAAACCCCAAACACAGAGACACGUGGCCUUGGAGCUGCGGAGAGCGCGGCUGCGAGCUCAAAGGGAGAAAAGGGCAAUAGCUUAAAUGCAUCAAAAACACCCCUGCUUCAAAGUCCCCCUGAAGCUUACUGCAGAAGUAACCCCGGUGACCUCCUUCAGCAGGAGGCAAUAGACAAAACCGUGACAGAAGAGAAGCAGAUGUACGUAGAAGUUGGUGUGGAAUAUAAAGCCCCUCUUUCUGCUUUGCAUACCAAGAACCUCCAUCUGUCAGUGAGAGAAGGUUUCAGAGGUCACGAGGAAGGGGCAUCCAAAAACUACCUAACCAGCAUACAAAAGCUUCCAGAGAGCAAGAAGCAGAUGGCUGCCGUUUCCCAGCCCCUCCUGAGCACAAGGAGGGACCCCGAGCUGGCGCUGCACCAGUCCUUGCUCCACACUUCUGAACGCCAGCCCAUCUGUCCCUCCCAGGCCUCUGGCAGGAGCACGCCAGCAGGUGCCAUGGGCUUGGAGUGGUUUCCAGACUUACAUCCUAAUUAUCAUGGGCUGAGUAUUUUUCCAGGGAAGCAUUUCCAAGAAGAUGUGGGGGUCACAACAAAAACACUGACCGGCAGGUUCUCGGAGAGGCAGCAAGGGAGCUCAAGCACCACACAUGUUGUCUUCACUUUCCUGCCUUUGGCCACUCUGACUUCUCAUCACACAGGUCGCCUCUCAGAACAGCAUCUGAUGGACGUGAGGCUGGGGGAGCUUCCCAUGUGGUUGGCCACCUGUGACUUUUCCCCUCAGGGGCUGCUUGGAGGAGUGCAGAAAGCCUGGAGCAGCUAUUACAACAAGUACAUCAACGUGAAGAGGGGUGGACCAGCAGGGAUCUCCAUGCUGCUGGCUGGAUACUGCCUCCUCAGCUAUGGCUGGAACUAUCAGCACAUUAAGGGCUAUCGCUGGCGGAAAUACCACUGAGGAGGCUGGAACAGAAGAUUUGCCUGGGAGCCAGCAGAAGUACUCAGAACCAGUGUCCACACAGGGACUCAAACCAGCAGAGGCCCAUUUAUCACCAGAGACAGCUUUUUAGUCAUUGCAGAGGAUGCUUUUCAGUGACCCUGCUGCAGAGAGAGAAGUGACAGUGCCAGCCUGAGAUCACUGUGCUGUGAUUCAGGCAGCAUGUAGUUAGAGCUGCCCCUCAGGGGACUGGGUGCAGUAGAGCUCCUGUAGUCCAAAUAGCUCACUUAGGUCAUCUUGUCCUGUGUCUGGUGUCCCAGAGAUGAAUGGCCUAAGAUGAAAUGAUGUGUAACUGAAGUGUAUGGCAGCAGGUGUGUUAUGACAGGGUGGGCUUCAGCCAGAACCACCCCUUCAAGUUGGCAGAGUUGUGCCCAUCUUCUUCUUACCACACUCCACAGCAAGAUGGAUCAUGUUUGCAGGCUGGGCCCUGCAGGACCCUUCCACUAACAGCCCCCAGCCCCUGGUCAGCACAGCAGUUGUGGAACUGGCCAGGCUCUGAGGGAGCACCUUGGUGAAGGCACUAAAGCAGCAGCAGCACUCAGACCACAAUGCCCUAGUUCUGGGGAAGGAAAAUCCAUUGGAUUAUCUGCUGUGCCCAAAGGGCAAACCAAUGGAACAUCAGACAAAUGAGGACAGUUAGGAGAGAGCUAGUUGUAGCCUGCCAUCAGCAGACAUGUCUGGAAAAGGGUUGGUCAUGUUACAGGCAUGAAGGGUGAAAUAACACGCCAAGAAAAAAACCCAACUUGAAGCCUUUCAUGAAAACAAUUCUGUGUCAGAGGUGUUUCACCAAAUCUCCUCU